CGAAGCUCCGAACAGAAAUAAUAGUAGCGGCGUUGAGUAACCGGAAAGCCAUUUUUGGCUGCUGACUCUCAGGACCAUGAACUCCCGCGAUCUUGCACUCGUUUCCACAGCCGCUGUACUGGGUGCCUUCACGUCAGCUCUUGCUUGUCGCUUCUUUUUCAAUCCUAAAAAGCACCGUUCUCGGUUUGAUCUGUCGAGAAAUGGCGCUCUCUUGAACAACGGAUCCUCACAGUGUCCUUUUGAUCCUUCCAAACGCGAAGGGUUUUUGUCUUGGGAUGACUAUUUCAUGGCCAUUGCAUUCCUGUCGGCCGAAAGAUCGAAGGAUCCCAAUCGACAGGUUGGUGCUUGCCUGGUUAGCCAAAAUGGUGUAAUUCUUGGCAUAGGAUAUAAUGGGUUUCCAAGAGGAUGCUCUGAUGACCAGCUUCCUUGGGCUAAGAAAUCAAAAACCAACAAUCCUUUGGAGACAAAGUAUCCUUAUGUUUGUCAUGCUGAAGUCAACGCCAUCCUAAACACAAAUCAUGCUUCAGCCAGUGGACAGAAGCUUUACGUAACCAUGUUCCCUUGCAAUGAAUGUGCAAAAAUAAUCAUUCAGUCUGGCGUCUCUGAAGUUAUUUAUUUCGUUGAGAAGAGGAUAAACAAUUCAAACGUUGCAUAUGUUGCUUCUCACAAAUUGCUAUCGAUGGCUGGUGUAAAAGUGAGAAAACACCAACCCCUUUCAGAUCAGAUUCUGAUUAAGUUCGAGGAUCCUCAUACAUGAAAAGUAUACCUUCUAAUUCUUCAUGCGUCUAACUUCCAUUCACGCGUUCUUGUUCAACAUUGAAACUGGACGCUCUUUAUCGAUUUGGUUCCAUAUGUUGACCUGUACGGAAUUGUAAAAAUACCUCUACGAGAUAGGAACAGCAAACUAUAUAGUAAUGUGUUUUUACUUGUUUACAGUAAAAUGCUAGAGAAGGGAGACAGACUUGGAAUAUAUUUGAGAUUGAAGAAUAACAUCGUAUCCAAUUUAAUAAUAUGUGGAUUAUAGUGUUGGUGAUUGUGAAGCA